CUUCCAAUAGCGGACUUUGAUAACAACCGGAGAAGCAUAAUUUCUUCGCUGGAUUCGGUGGACUGUGGCCAUCACAAACACUGUCCAGUAUUUGGAACUGAUAAACGGCGGACAGUUCGUGUGUUGGCCCGAGAUGCGAUUGGUGUGGCGAUAUGAAUUCAUAGAGUAUUCGGCUCGCAAGCGAUUAGCGGUGGAGCCUUGUUCAUCAGUUGCCAAUCGAACGCGUCUCUGGACGGAUCUUCACUGAGUAGGAAGUAGGUAGCGAGAGCGUGUCGACGUAGGAAAUCCCGCAAGAUUUAAUCAGUUUAGCAAGUGUAACGUGUGCACGUACUGAAAUGGAUCGGAAGUUCGACAUUGACGCUAGUCCACCGACUCCCGAAUUGUUGGAGAUCGCUCGGAACGAACUGCGCGAAACGCCGGAAGUCCGUGAGGCCGCCAUCAAGGAACUUCGUCGAUUGCUGGCAGAGGCAACCGAUCUGUGCUACAAAGAUGACGACGACUUUCUGCUGAUAUUUUUGCGGCCAUGCCAUUUCUAUCCGGAGAGUGCAAUCAAAUUGAUGCGUCGCAUUGCAGAGUUCAAGAAGUACUACCACGAUCUGUUACACAACCUGAUGCCAGAGGACGAGAAGGUAGCGUUUUGCGACCACAAAGUGGUCAAUGUGUUAACGAAUUUGGACCAAAAAGGACGCCGAGUGCUUGUCGUCAACUGUGGCAGUCUGUGGGAUCCCAAACAGAUCAGCUCCAACCAGCUGUUCCGAAUGUUCUACCUUAUUCACGUGGUUGCCCAGCUGGAACCGUCGUCACAAAUCAAUGGAGUUGUGGUGAUUAUGGAUUUUGACGGUCUCUCGUUGAAACAAGCCACAGCGCUCUCGCCUUCCUUCUCCAAACUUCUGCUGACUUUCAUCCAAGAAGCUCUGCCACUACGACUGAAGGAAGUGCACAUCGUUAAGCAGCCAUUCAUCUUUAAGAUGGUGUGGAAGCUAUUCACACCAUUCAUCAAGGAGAAGCUCAAUAAACGGAUGUUUUUCCACGGAAGCGAUAUGAAGAAGUUCCACCAGUACCUUAGCGCGGACGUGCUGCCGGAGAAUUACGGCGGAAAUCUGCCUGCCAUCGACUACUCGGGAAAGGAUUGGUAUCCCUGUGUGGAUAAGUACAUUGACCACAUUCGCAAAUACAACGAGUGCGGGUUUGCCGAGAAGAGUGAGAAAUGAUGAGAGCUAGCUCCAAAGAUGCAUCCAUCGUUCGAGAUCAGAGGCUGUUGUUUAUUUACGUUGCUCAAAACUUCAUGACGAUACAUGUUUUUUAUAUUCGGGAUUUUCACCAUGAAAAGAAUUCUUCGUUGAUUUAAUCGUGUGUUUUUAUUUUUAUAAAUAAACAUUAACCUGUGUUGCGAAA